CGUGUCUCAUGCUGCAGGCAGUCUGAAAAUGGCUGUGAGGUUAGAGCUUUACAUAAAUGUUGUAAUGAUCAUAACACUAUCAGGCAGUAUUAGCUUUGCUGUAGCAGAAAACAAAACAGUCAUACAGGGUGAGAUGCUUAUUUUGAACUGCAGCAUUGACCGAAAUGACAGUUCACACUUGCAGUGGUCGAACCCCCAUGGGUUCAUUGCUUUUCAUAAUAACAUACGAGGUCUGAGGGACAGACGAUAUAAACUCAUCCAUUGGUCAAAGACUGAACUUACUAUUAGCCUUUCCAACAUUUCAGUGAAAGAUAAGGGUACUUACACUUGUAGUUACUACAGUCACCCUGUUACUACAAGGAAAAUCAAUGUUGAUGUACUAGCUCCUCCGUCAAAUCCAUCGAUGGAUUUAAAAAGAGAAAAGGAGAAGAAGAUCUUGAAAUGUUUUACAACUGGAAGCUACCCUGCACCCAGUAUUACAUGGUCAUUUCACAAUGGACUGGAACUGGAUGCGCAUACUCAAAACAUUCAGGAGGGGAAAAGAGGAACGUUUACAACAGUCAGCACCUUAGUACUUAAGUCUCACAAACCCAGCAUUUCUGUGGAUUGCAUUGUUCAGCACAAAGCUCUGGGAAAUAAUACACUGAUCGCAUCUAUCAACAUUACAGAUAUCACUCCACCAUCUCAACCUAUUGUUGAAGAAAUAGUAAGCAGAGGCAGAAAGUUCCUAAAAUGUUCUACAACAGGAAGCUUUCCAGCACCUAAAAUGUCCUGGUCAUUCAAUAAUGGAGUAGAGAUUGAUGCUGAAGCCCACCAUGUUUAUAUAGAUGAGAAAUACACAUCAACCAGUAUUCUGGCCAUUGUAUCUCACAAACCCCAGCUAACUGUUUAUUGCAUUGUGUACCAUGAAGCUCUGAAAAACAUCUCUCUAAGGGCACCCAUCAGUUUUUCUGACACUGAUGCAACUACUAAAAUGCUUUUCAAGACAACGCAGAGCUAUACAAGAAGCACAAAUGCUUUCACAAAUGCCUUACAAGAAACCACAGUCACACCGAACACUGGACUGGAAACAGCAAGCAAACUAACAAGCACAGACUCAACAACGGGAUACUCACAAAGCACAGACAAAAAUGAGAGUCUGCAUUUGUCGACUCCUGUUUAUGAAUCAGCAAGUGUUUCUGAAGAAGGUACAACUAAAUUCCUGCCAGGGAACUACACCACCAAUUACACCACUGAAGAACGGCCAGAUAACAACACAACAAGUAGAAUGGUCAAGAAGCAAAGUGGAAUUUUAUUAAUUAUAAUGGUAACCUCUCUCAUCUGUGCCUUACUGGUCAUUGUCCAAUUCUUCUUGAUAAAAUUACGCAAAGCACAUGCACUUUGGAAGAAAGACACAGAAGAGUCUGACCAGUCACUAGAAAGUAAUAAAUCAAAAUCAAGUGCAGAAGAAAAACACUCUCAAGAAAGAAAAACCCAAGGUAUUACUAAUUACAAUUACAUGCAGCAUACUAUCGAGUUUCAUAAAGAAGAAGAAACUGAAAAAGAAGCUGCAACAGUUGCUUCAACUCCACCAAAUAAAAAGGAAUCUGAAAGAACUGUGCCAGAUCUACAAAAUAAAAAUAAAGCAGAAACAAACAACAACAGUCCACAGUGUAACGAACAAGUGGAAACCAUUUGUCAAAGUCCACAUAACAUAAAUCACAUGGGAACAGAGACUCCAAAUCCUGAUAAUAAGGAAAAAAAUUUCCAAAGUAUGCUAAAUGCAAAUGACAGAAACAUGAGUAGCCUAAAUGCAUGCUGUCCCAACCAAGUGAAUUUGAAAGCAUUUAACAGCCUUGAGAAGGAAACAGAGGUAUAGAUUGGGACCAUGUGCUGAUAACACUCAAAAAUUACUGGGACUGACCUGCUUGUUCAAUGUGAAAUGUAAUUGGCCUAAGUGAAAAGAUUACACACAAAUAAUAUGAAAUUAGAUAAAUGUCACUGGCAUUUGGAGACACUUUAUACUCUCACUGUAGAUGUGGCUGCUGCUGUCCUAACAUGAAAAACCUCAAUUUAGAAAAGGUACAUUUGUGCUUUAUUACAUGCACUUCACUUCUAGCACCGUUCUUUUCAACAAAACAAUUUCCUUACUUAUUUUGCACAAUGUAAAUAGUGAAAUGUAUGUAUUUUACUGUUGCAAAUAUGAAUGAAAUGUACUUUAAUGUGAACAUGUAAAUGCAUCUAUUUAUU